AUGACAAUAUUUGGUUAUUAUAACUUUCUGUCUGCUGUAUGCUAUAGUAUUAAAACACAUGUCCAACAGGGCUUUAUAAAUUAGACACCUACAGGCUCUAAAAGAGCGGGUUAGAAAAGAAUAUCCAUAUUUUGAGCCGAGUUUUGCUAAUAACAGUAUAAGUGACAUAAUAUUCAUUCAGUAUCUAGUACAACGACUCGAGUUUAAUCCUAAAUUACCUCAAUUUUAAACGACGUUUCUAUUAGUUUUUGCUCCACUCGCAGCUGCAACUCCAACUCGUAAAUUACGAGAUUGUUCGGGUUUUGGCGACGCCAUGUGGCAACAAGGCUAAGCCGUCCUCUUCGUUUGGAGGAAUGACGUAGACUGGAAAGACCAACAGUCGCAGAAGGCAACGAUCAAGUUUGUUUCUAGAAGAUGGCAGCGCACGAAGAAUUCUUUUCGGGCAUCUCAAAGAUCCCAUAUCAACCUGAUGCUGGAGCAGCAGAUGUCAUGUGUUUCAAAUACUACAACGCUGAUGAGGUGCUGAGGGGGAGAAAGAUGGAGGAGUGGUUAAGGUUUUCAGUCUGCUACUGGCAUUCAUUCUGUGGAACAGGUGCUGAUCCUUUUGGGUUCCAGACUCUCCACAGACCCUGGAAUGAAGGAACCCCCAUGGAAGCAGCCAAGAAGAGGCUCAGAGUUGCGUUUGAGUUUUUCACCAAGCUCGGCGUGAAAUAUUACACAUUCCAUGACAGAGACAUGGCUCCAGAAGGCUCCACUCUGCAGGAAUCUAACAAAAAUCUGGAUGAAAUGACAGACCUGGCUCUGCAGCUGCAGAACCAGACUGGAAUCAAGGUGCUGUGGGUUACCUGCAACCUCUUUGCACACCCAAGAUACAUGAACGGUGCUGCCACCAACCCUGACUGUCAUGUCCUGGCCUAUGCUGGGGCUCAGGUUAAGAAGGGCCUGGAAAUUGCCAAGAAGCUGGGGGCUGAAAACUUUGUGUUCUGGGGAGGAAGGGAAGGCUUCCUCUCCAUCCAUAACACGGACGUUGCUGCUGAACUCAAGCACAUGGCCAACUUCUUUAAAAUGGCUGUCAAAUACAAAGAGAAGAUUGGGUUAAAGUGUCAGUUUCUGAUUGAGCCAAAGCCCAAGGAGCCCUGCAGACAUCAGUAUGACUACGAUGCCAUGAGUGUCAUAGGUUUCCUGAAGCAUUAUGGUCUACAGGAUCAUUUCAAGCUGAAUAUUGAGCCCAACCACACCACACUGGCUGGACACUCCUAUGAACAUGACAUCGUCAUGGCAUCAGCCUUUGGCAUGCUGGGCUCAGUAGAUGCCAACACUGGCUCUCCUGACCUGGGCUGGGACACAGACCAGUUCCCCAUGGAUAUCAAGAACACCACCCUGGUCAUGAAGACCAUUAUUGAACAAGGUGGUCUGCAACCAGGAGGCUUGAACUUUGAUGCUAAGGUGCGCAGAGAGUCCACAGACCUGGUGGACCUCUUCAUAGCUCACAUCGGAGCCAUGGAUGCCUUUGCAAGAGGCCUCAGGAAUGCAGUUCGCAUCAUGGACGAUGGGAUAAUGACUGGUAUGGUGAUGGAGCGGUACUCAAGCUUCAGUCAUGGUCUGGGACACAAAGUGGACAAUGGAUCUGCUACAUUAGAGGAGAUGGAGGACUUCGUCAUACAGAAUGGAGAACCUGAAGUCAAAUCAGGGAAGCAAGAAAAAUAUGAAUCCAUCUUUAAUCACUACAUUUAACAAAAAACUUCUCUAAAAGUGCCUUCAAAUUGAAUUUACAACUACUAAAAAAAUGCAUCCAGAGCCUGUCAGGCUGUAACUAACAACUGAAUUCUUCAUAACAGAAAAUCAUAAUUGAAGACAAAUGAUUUUAAAAAGCCAAGUAAUUGGUCGUAAAUGGUUGUAAUAACACUUAAUUCAUCAUAAAUUCUAAGCUCAACAAUUGUUAAUUCUUUUGUCUGUUUGCCUGUUAAAUAAAGUACAGAAUUAUAGCAUUUUUACAAAGUGUAUCAGGGUGAAAGCUGUGUCACUCGAUUCUUUUUCUGUCCGUGAUGAUUGAAUAACUGUAUAAAUGUGAAAUUUUCAUAAUAUUGCAAUUAUUUAGUUUAAAAUAUCUUCUUAGAAUAAUUGAUUUUAUGAUGUUUUGUGGUUAUAUUAAGAGAAUGACAGUAGACAUAGUAUAGCCAAUAAAAUGGGUAAAAAGUUGUUGAUAAAAAAAUAUAAUGAUGUUCUAAACAGCUGCUGAAAUACAUCUUAAACUUGUUUUUAUAAGUUUAAAGCAGAUUUUUUUUGUUUAAACAACAAACCUACUGUCAUUUGUCACGGACGCACCAACUGUUUAAAGGCCAGUAAUCGGAUACAUAUUUUUAGACGAAAAU